CAGCUUACAAUACCAGUAUAAAUUGAUUGACAACGACAACGGUCUUGUUGAAAUCGCUUUCCGUGAUGGUGGAUUUCCAGAAGCUGUACUGCCUAUUAUCGUGCCUCCAAUGGCAUAUCUAAUGAGGAGAAAGGCUUCUCAAAAAGUUGCUGGUAGCAUUGGAAAGCUUUCCGAUGAAAACUACAAAGACCUUCUAAGGAAAGAUUACGAUGCAUACCAAACCUUAUUGGGUCAACAGAAGUUCAUGUUUGGAGACGAGAUUUCGGCGGCUGAUUGCACACUUUUUGGACAACUGGCAACAACGCUUUAUCUCCCUGUCAAUAAUUAUGCGAAAGAUGUGCUGAAAGAAGAGUAUCCAGCCUUGGUGCAGUACUGUGACCGAAUCAGAGAUACUGUUUUUGGAAAAGACUUCACAUCCGAAUAA